GACAGUCUUUUCCAAGAUGGCCGCCUGAGUGGAGAAUCCACACAUCUCCAGUGCAGAGCUAACCCAGCAGCUAGCGUUAGCUUCACACAAACUGUCACUGUCCUGGAAUGGGACCCCGACACGGGCCAGGCUCGGUCCCAUUCUAAACCGGAAUGUGAGCACAGUUUACUGGGAGGAGGUCGGAGUCAUGGAAUAACCCGCUGGUGGAAUUGGAGGAGGGUUAAGGGCCCUUUGCUUUAGUCCAGCAUGGACAGCUUCUUCAAGGCGGCUGUUUGUGAUCUGGACAAACUGCUUGAUGACUUUGAGCUCAGUACUGAGGAACAUGAAUGCAAAUCUGUUUUCCUGAAGCCGUCUGUGUACCCUUUCUCCUCACUGGGCUCUCAGUGUUUAACCUCCGAGGCCUCUCCCGUCCCGCCGAACCUCCCCGACCUUAACUCUCUCCAUUAUGGUUCUGCCACCAGCUGUCCUGACCGCUCCGCCACUCAAAACCGCGGCGCAGACGACAGGGAGGUCAAAGGUCAGCCUCUCACGGGGGUCGACCUCCUCUCCUCCGUGGAUCGUCGGCCAGCUCAGAGCUCCGCCCCUCCCUGCCCCGAUAGAGCUCUGAAGCCCGUGUGCGACCUCGUGAACGACACCAGCUCGGCCAUCCUGGUCCGGGCCAACAGCCACGAUGCUUUCAGCGAACUGGAUGUUGCGGAGAAGCAAAUGGAGGAGGAGGAGGAAGAGAAAGAGGAGGAGGAAGAAGAGGAGGAGGCGCUGCUGGUUGACUUUGACAGCCCCGUGGUCACCGGAGAGGAGCAAAGUGACGGCUUUAGAGACGCCGUGGAGGAGCAGGCCACCGUUUUAGACGCUAACGAGCAGAGCGGUGGAUUCUCCGCCUCGCUCAGUCUGCUGGACGUCAUCCUUCCUGCCGCGGUGGAGAGGAGCGGCGAGUCCACAGAGGAUCCACCGCCACAGAAGAUCUCCGAGUCGGCUGAGAAAGAGGAGAGGGACUGUGAGGAGGAGGCUCGCACAGACCAAGUGGUUGAUAACUCUUUGGACCGCUGUGACCCAGAAGCCUCUCUGCCUGUUGAUAGCAUUAAAGAAACAACAACAACAACCUCGGAGAACACGGAGUCGCUAGAAGCCUCGGAUGAAGGAGAGGCGGAGUCUUCUGUCUGUUUGAACUCAGACUGCAUACCGGUGGGAUUAUCGUGCCUUCCCAUCGCCGUGUCCAUGUGUGGAGCUCUGGUGAACGCGACCACCACAGAGGAUGAGUCGGGGCAAGCUGGGGAGCUGUGUGACGAGGCGGUGGACGCCUCCGAGAGCACGGAGGCCGACUCCACGUCAGCCUCGGAAGCCAGGUCCCGUUUACAAGACCCUGUAGAGGAUUUGUCCGUGUCCCAGGAGCUGGCGGAGGGUAGGGCGUCACCAGAGGGGCAACAUCUCGCUAUUGAACCUCCUGCUGCUGCCGCCACUAUCCCCUCUGCAGACCUCGCCUCAGAACCCAGCCCCGGCGAUCCUCCCGAGUUCGGCUUUGAAUACCUCCCCGAGAGCGACCAGGCCGAGCUGCUGGUCACGGACGAGGAGCUGGACGCGUUCCUGCGGGCGCAUGCGGAGUCGGAGCAAAGAGGCGUCUCUUUCUGCGGCACACCGGGGGAUUUCACUCAGCCCGAGAGUCUCACAGAGAAUAACGGAGAUCUGGAUGGCGGGGAGCUGAGGAUCUGCGGUAGGGACAGAGUAGAGGAUCUGACUUCUCCAGAGAGCGAGAGAACAAUGUGCGUGUCCGUCGAGGGGCGUUUUAACCCCGGUGCUCCAUCGCAGGACUCUUGCGGACCUCCUUGCCAAGAGGAGUCAGAACUCUCCUCCGGCGUAAACCAUUCUCUGACCAGCAACUCUUUCCAGCCCCAGCACAGCGGUAGCCCCGAUCAGCAGCCCUCCUAUGGAGGUGCAAGACCUAAACAGCUACACUGCCAAACCGCUAGAUCUCCACCAGCAGGGGAGGAAGGAGAGGCUCCCACACCAGAGGAGGAUGAUGAAGAUAGCUCACCCUCGAGUCUCGGAGAAGAGCAUUCCAACAUCAGGGAUUUGAGCCCGAUGUGCCCGUCUCAGGAGCAUCGGGAUUACAGCGUCGGGUACGAUGAACUGUCAGAGCCCCCUCCGUACCCCGGGGAGUCGCCCACGGACGGAGCUCGGUCUGUUAACUGGAAGAGGGAGGGAGGGGAGGAGCUGGGGAGCCGACAGCCUGCAUGGAUGCCCGACUCUGAAGCUCCAAACUGCAUGAACUGCUACCAGAGGUUCACCUUCACCAAGAGGAGGCAUCACUGUCGAGCCUGUGGGAAGGUGUACUGUGCCGUGUGCUGCAACAGGAAGUGUAAGCUGAAGUACCUGGAGAAGGAGGCUCGCGUGUGUGUCGUCUGCUUCGAUACCAUACACCGAGCCCAGGCCCUGGAGCGGAUGAUGAGUCCUGCGGGUCCAAGUCCGAACCCCAACGUCCCGUCUGAGUACUGCAGCACCAUCCCCCCUCUGCAGCAGGCUCGAGCCGCCGGCACUCUUAACUCCCCUCCGCCCACCGUCAUGGUGCCUGUGUCCGUUCUCAAACACCCAAACAAUGACAGUUGUCCUCGGGAACAGAAGCGGGUUUGGUUCGCUGACGGCAUCUUACCGAACGGAGAGGUGGCGGACACGACCAAGCUGUCGGUGACGAGCCGCCGGAGCUCGCAGGAGUUCAAUGCCGUCUCUCCAGACCAAACAACAGUCGGGUCAGAGGUAGAGCUCGGUGGCUCCUCCCCCCCUGAAGCUUCUGGUUCCGUGGAUGUGGUCCGGCCCCCGGUAUCUGGACCCUGGGACUACGCUCUCCUAUCUGGGAUCGGUUCUUCUGUGGCGAGAGUUCCCAGUCUGCUGCCGGAUAACGAGGACGAUCUUCCUCCUCUGCUCAUCGCCACCGGGGAGGACGAAGCUGGAGAUGUUUUGGUUGAGGAAAGCCCCGCCCCCUGCCAGAUUCUGCACUUAUUAGAGGAGGGAGGACCUCGACCGCUGACGUUUGUUCUCAACGCCAACCUGCUGGUCAACGUCAAACUGGUGACAUACUCCGGUCGUCAGUGUUGGUGUUUCGGCUCCAACGGGCUUCAGGCUCUGGGGCAGAGAGAGUUGGUGUUUUUGUUGGAGUGUUUACCGGAAGAAAAAACUCUUCCAAAAGACCUCUUCACACUCUAUCUCAACAUUUACCAAGAAGCCCAGAAAGGGAAGUUUCUGGAGGAGCUGGAUAACGUGACGUUCACCAGCAGCUUCCUGGGCAGUAAGGACCACGCAGGGAUGUUGUUCUUCUCUCCCACCUGUCAGCCUCUGGACGGACUCACUCUCCCCCCGCAGCCCUUCAUGUUCGGCCUGCUGGUCCAGAAGCUGGAGGUUCCCUGGGCCAAAGUCUUUCCUCUGCGGCUGCUUCUGCGGCUCGGAGCGGAAUACAACGUUUAUCCCACCACGUUGACAAGUGUCCGUUUUCGGGACUCCGUGUAUCGAGAGACGGGACACACCAUCAUGAAUUUACUGGCUGACCUGAGGAACUACCAGUACAGUCUGUCGGUGGUGGAGGGCCUGAGGAUCCACAUGGAGAUGGGCCACAGCUACAUCGACAUCCCCAAAAACAGCUUCAAUGAGAUGCAGAAGGUGGUGAACGCGUCCAACGAGCACGUCAUCAGCAUCGGAGCGAGGUUCAGCUCGGAGGCCGACUCUCACCUGGUCUGUUUCCAGAACGAGGAGGGAAACUACCAGACGCAGGCCAACAGCAAGCCUGGAAAGACCCGCACAGUGACUGGAGCCAGUUUUGUUGUGUUCAACGGGGCCCUGAAGGCGUCUUCAGGAUUCAUCGCCAAGUCCAGCAUUGUUGAAGAUGGGUUGAUGGUGCAAAUCCCUCCGGAGACCAUGGAGGCCCUGCGCGGCGCCCUGAGGGAGCAGACGGACUUCCACAUACCGUGCGGCAGGAACGACGGCGGGGAGCUGAGAGAGAACGUCAGCGUCCGCUGGGUCGACCUGAGUUCACCUGUGAACACGGGCAGAACCAGCGGCGUUGAUGGGCGACCUCUGGAUGGCGUCCGCAGUGUGAGGAUGCAACAGGACACGGAGUUUGAGACGGACGGACGCACCAUCAGCUGCACCGAGGUUUUCUACCAGCUGAAGGCUCCAGACUGCAGCCUGGAGUCGGUGCUGUCGUCCUGCAGCGUGUUUCAGAAGGAGAUGGCUCUGGCCGCCUGCAGCGCUCUGACUCCUCACCUCGCCGUCCUCGCCUCCAGCGGCAUCAACUCGCUCUCGCUUCGAAUCUCUACGCAGGCCGAUAUGGUGGAGUACCAGGCCGGCUCCGGAGGCCGCCUCCUCCCUCAGCGCUACAUGAACGAGCUGGACGGCGCUCUGAUCCCCGUCAUCCACGGAGGUAGUGCUAGCGUUCCGCAGACCGCCAUGGACAUGGAGUUCAUCUUCUACAUCACACACACCAUCUAACGCACAUGCAGACAAAAAAAACCACAUCAACAGUAUUGGAAUAAAAAUAAGGUGAUCGAGCACAGAGAGAGAAAAGAGGAGCUGUUGAUUUUUAGGCGGGACAUGCUAACGCUACAGCUCAUUUUUAUGGACAUGCAGCCAAUCACAGAGGACGAUGCAGCAUUCCCACUCUGAGGUUGGGGGUGUUCUCAUGGAGUUGAAAUGAUAUUUCUGUUUUAUUUGUGCUCACCAAAGCUGCUUUAAUACGAGAAGCCAAACACUAAACAAGGAUUACGACACGACCAAAUACAACCAAACCGAUUCUUCUUCUUCUUCUUCUUCUUCUUCUUCUUCUUCUUCUUCUUCUUCUUCUUCUUCUUCUUCUUCUUCUGCUCUGCCUUCCAGGCUCCGUCAGCUCGGAGCACCUCAGUGAAUGUUUCCCCCCCCACACACAACAGACGCUCUGUCGAAAUGUCUCUCAUUUGGAUGUAUUUAUUAUAUUUUAAUAUGGGCUUAUUGAAUGAAAUGAUGAUAUUAAAGCAAGGGGAUAUUACUGGCUGCAGUAUUCAGUGCUUGGGAGGUGAAAACGUGUCAAGUUCUGGCGUUGUUCUUAAAAACAGCAAAGAAAUUAAUUUUCCUCUAAAGGAAACCAUGCUUUCAUUAUAUAUUAUAUAUUAUAAUUAAACACUGGGCCUCUUGCAAGAAUUGUUUUUGAGACUUUUUGGGGGGGGAAGUUCUGCCCGUGCGACAUUCAAAGUCACGUUCACCAAACUGCUCAAAACUCAAAUCCACGCCCUUAAAUUUCUCCCUUUUCCGCUCCAUUUUUGGGGUUUAAUUCAGGAAAAUGUCACCAAAAUGUGAAAAGAAACAACCUCUGAAAUCAGUGGAUUAAAACACGACAUAUUUAGAAGUUUCAGAACUAUUAUUAGUGGGAUUUGAACUAAAGUUUUGACAUGAUUGUGGUCAGAUCAAUAUGACAGUCUUGGAGGUUUAUGAGAGAUUGUACUUGUGUUUUUACGCUGUCAGGUGUUUUCACAGGACGUACACCUGGACAGAGACGAGCAUUAGGAUGCAUGUUACCAAAGUCACACAAUAACACAAACGAUCUAACGGAUAGAGACAGCAGCUGUGUUCUGAGAGGUAAAAUUACUGUUUUUGUCAAUGAAGUCUGGUGUCUUUGCAGAGAGCAUAGAAAACAGCUUUGUUUCCCCGUUAUAAAAGUAAAGAGGUGAAAAUAUUCUAAAUAUAACGUUCACUUAAACUGAUAUUGAUUCUUUUAGGUUUCUAAAAUACGUCCACAGCAGAACAUUGCUGCUUCUUCCACUUCAAAGUAUCCAGAAUAUCCCUUUAAGUCAAACAAGUAUUUUCCACUUCUGUAUUCAUACGACAACUCGUGAGUUUUGUUCGUUCCUAAAUUCUAAAUACGUACGUGACACUAAUACAUUUGUUUAAGUGUUUCUUGCACGAGGCCCGUCGUGUGUCAGUAACAGGUUUUUUGUUCAGAUGAAGCUCAGUUCAACGCUACAGGAGGAUUAAUGCAUUUUUUUGUUAUUCGAUGGGUAAUCGGCCAUCUUGAGCAUCUUCUUCAUUCACAAAUUAUUUUUGCUAAGACGUGAAUGUGACCGGUGUGUUUUGGACGACAAAGUUCUGAAACUCAACUUCAUUUAAAACAAAUUCUCUGUUGCUUUUUUUCCAUUUUAGUGAGCUUUGGUCCAAGAAGCUUCUGCUAUACUUUCAUUGUCUGAACAUUCUUACUUUUGGAUCGAGCAGCUGUUUCUUUAUGAACACAGCAUCCUCUUUAAUUGCUGACCAGUAUUUCCCAGCUCAAAUACCAAUGAUUUGUCUUUACUUCAAGAGAUUUUCACGAUGUCUGCUUCAGUUUUUGAGAUUUGCACAGCUGAUGAGAACUUUACAUUUGACAUUUUAUGGCUCUCUUUAAGCAUUUUGAAAGUUAUCUGACACUUUUUUUAUUUAAUUCUUAAUAUUUAAUGAUUAUAACUGUACAGGCUUUUUGCAAACUUUUAAAUAUAUAGUUUGAUAUUAAUUGGAAAUAAGCCAAUUAGCUUUCUUGCUGAUAGUUCGAUGAGCAUAUUGAUACCACUCUCAUAUCUUAGAGAUACAGCCAGCAGUGGCUUAGCUUAGCUUAGCAUAAAGACUGGAAACAGGGGAAACAGCUAGCCUGGCUCUGUCCAGAUGUAACAAAAUCAACAUCCGAAGCUCACGAAUGAAUCUUUUUCUUUCAUUUGUACAAAAACUGUGUAAAACGACAACUUGUUAUUUUUAUGCUUCGGUUUUUGUAGGUGUGAGUGUGAAUGAAAGUUAAAGAAAUUGUUGGAAACGGUCACUCCCCUUUUCCGACCUUAAAAGGUGUGAUGGGAACAAGUUUCCGAAGUUUCUGUAGGCGGCGUUGACGGGUAGUAGGCGUUGUAUAUAGGACGUAGGCGGAGUCGGCAGCAUGAAGGCGGAGUCAACAGGAAGUAGGCGGCGUUUACAGAAAGUAGGCUUAGUUAACAGGAAGUAGGCAACAUUUACGGGAUGUAGCCGAAUUUUACGGGAUGUAGGCGACUUGUACGGGACGUUGGCAACUUUUACGAGAUGUAGGCGAUGUAGGCGACUUUUACAGGGCGUUUACAGAAAGUAGACUCAGUCGACAGGAAAUAGGCAACGUUUACGGGAUGUAGGCGAAUUUUACGGGACGUAGGCGACUUGUACGGGACGUAGGCGACUUCAACAGGAAGUAGGCGGCAUCUACAGGACGUAGGCGGCGUUUACAGAAAGUAGACUUAGUCGACAGGAAGUAGGCAACGUUUACGGGAUGUAGGCGAAUUUUACGGGACGCAGGCGACUCUUACCGGACGUAGGCGACUUUUACGGGAUGUAGGCGACUUUUACAGAACGUAGGCGACUUUUACGGGACGUAGGCGACUUGUAUGGGACGUAGGCGACUUGUACGGGACGUAGGCAACUUUUACGAGAUGUAGGUAACUUUUACAGGACGUAGGCGACUUUUACGGGACGUAGGUGACUUUUGCGGGACAUAGGCGACUUUUACGAGAUGUAGGCGACUUUUACAGGACGUAGGCAACUUGUAUGGGACGUAGGCGACUUUUACGGGACGUAGGCGACGUCGGCAGGACAUCGGCAUUUUCGAUGGGAUGAACUCAAAGUUGGCAUUACGUAGGCAGAGUCGACGGGAAGUAGGCGAGACGACUGGAAGUAGGAGGAGUCGACAUGACGUAGGCUUUUCUGGCAGGAUGUAGGCGGCGUUUACAGAAAGUAGUGGUAGUUGACAGGAAGUAGGCGACGUUUACGGGAUGUAGGCGCCGUCGUCAGGACGUACACAAGGACUUUUUGGCAUCCAGCUCUCAGGUGUGAAAAGGCUCCAACUCUCAGCAAAUGCUAAUAAGCAGGUUUCCCAAAAUCUUAAACAUAAUGCUUUUUUUAAAAACACCUGUGGUUUGUGCCCUGAACUCAGCAGGAGUCAUCUCAGGUGUUAUUUGGAGCAAGAACUCACAAAGUAUUUUACCAAACAGUGAAAAGCAUCUGACCAGUUUCAUGAUUUGAAUUGAUUUCAUGUGUUUUCACAGCAGCUUUAAGUUACUUCAGAACCAUUUAAACAGCAGACAGCUCGGUGUCCUUUUUGAUCACACGGAAAACCUCACCCUUUUUUUCUGCACCAGCUUCUCGUAUUUCCACAAAAUUCAAAUCCCGAUCUGAUCCGCCAAAUUCCUCGUAUUUGACAGUCUGUCCCAGAAUCUCACUUUUCAGUCAGGAUUGUUUUUUUUGUCCAAUUAUAAAAAAAGAUAAAACAAUAUGCAUAGAGUUUUCUUCUGUAUAAUAAUGAAGCGUUAUUUUUGGCAUCAUAAAAGUUUUAACCAAAAAAGAAAGAGUUCAUAUUUUUGAUAGAACAAUAGGCUACAUAAAUGUUUAAGUGUAAAAGAGAAAAACACCACACAGUUAAUUCCAGAAAUAAACAAAUCUAAUUUAUUAUGUUGUCGUAAGGUGGAAAAUAUCUAUACCCAAGAUGCAUUGCAUAAAGAAUGUGUAGGUUGUGUACAAAUCUAAAUAAAAGCAGCUGUAAUUUUUAACGUUGAUUUCCAAAUGUUAUGAUUCUCAGAGUUGAGACAUUUGAUAUUUAGUGGCUAAUAAUUAACGAAACAUUUUCAUCUUUUCGUCAAACAAACCAAGUCACGUUGUUAUAUUUAGUUAGUUAGAAACUUCUUAACAUUGUGUAAAAUGUUUUUGGGCUUCAAAUAAACAUGAAUCACAAACAUGAACAAAGUAAGAAACAGUAAAAACAUUUUGGGAGUUAAGAUUUCAAUUAAAUGCAUCAAAUACAGCUCAGUUGUUCUAGUACUAUUCAUUAUGUUUUUACUAAUAUAAAGUAUUUCUUGUAGACAUUCUUUUGAUACUUGUGGAAGUUCUAAAGCAACUUCCUGAGAGAAGAAAUUCAAAUUGGUAAAUUACAGAUAAUACUCAAAUUGUCACCCAAGAAAAAAACAUAAAUAUCUGCGUUUCGACGCUGAACGUAAAGCAAACGAGGGAAAGUCGACAUGUUUCACCAGCUGUGCAAACAACAUCAAAACAUGCUCAGAAAGUUUCAGGACAUCUGGUUGAUCUCGACAAAGUACAUCAUUAUUUAAACUUUGUAAGCAGAAUAAUUAAAAGUAUUUUCCUCCGUAUUAUAUAUCAAUCAGGAAGUAACAUUUUUGCAGGUAAAUUAUUAUAUUUUCUCUGAUUUAUCAAAAUAACGUUCCAAUUUGUCAAAGUUUUCUUCUCUGUUUUGUGUAAAUCAUCUAUUUAUUCAUUGCUUUUAUUUGGUGAACCUGGUAUCUGGGUCCGAAUCAUCUGAAUAACUCGAGUAUUUAAAGAAUAAAAUGAG